AUGGCUCUCUUCUUCUGGAGAGAUGUUUUGGAGUAUUUUAAAUAUUUUUGUGUCGGUUGUUCAGUUUUUCUUAACACAGUGUUGAUUAUUCUUGUCUUAUUUCGAUCACCACACUCUUUAGGGUUUUACAAGUAUCUUAUGACCUACAUUUACGUUUUUGACCUUUUUUACGCGGUGUGGGAUAUAAUCACUAAUCCAACAGUAUACUCAUACGGGCCGGCUUUUGUGGUGUUUCGAAAUUAUGAUAAUUCUAUGUUCACUCGAGAAAUGAGUUUUUAUAUGGUUCUGGUCUAUUGUGGAUGCUUUGCUUUUUCAUUGGCAUGUUUUGGAGUUCAUUUCAUGUAUCGUUAUGGAACAGUUAACAAUGAUUUCCGUGAACGGUUUUUGUCAGGGAAAAAGAUUUAUAUAAUAUUUGCGGUACCAAUCCUGUGUGGAAGUUGGUGGAGUGUAAUCAGUGGAGUGGCAUUUUGUUUCGAUGAAUAUUCAGACGAAUAUUUAAGGUUUGUAUUAAAAUAACUUUACAUUACAUUAUCAAAUUUCGAAUCAAUUUUUAGCCAACUUAACCCAAUUUGUUUGAUUUUCAGAGAUGCUGUUAAAAACGACCUAAACUUUAAUAUUUCUAGUUUGGCCAGCAUGGUUAUAUUUUUCUACCUGCCUGAUGAAAACGGAAAACUUCAUCCUCAUUGGAAAACAUUUUUGGUCAUGACUAGUAUAUAUACUAUAACAGUAAGGAAUUUUUUUGUAUUACGAAAUCAUCUUUAUUUUCAGUUUGUCUCUAUUUUCAGUGUAAUUUUUUGCGGUUUUAAAUGCUAUAAUUGCAUUUUGCAAGCUAUGUCAAUUACGACGGUCCAAUCAAAAAUCUCGAAAAGUCUUCAGCACCAGUUACUCAAAGCAUUAGUGAUUCAGGUUUUUGAAAACUACCUAGAAAAUUUAGCGUUAAAUCAAUAUUUCAUACUCUCAUUCCAAUGGUAUUGAUGUAUAUACCGCUAUUCUUCGUGUUUGCUCUACCUCUUUUUAAUAUAAAUUUUCCAUAUGCGAGUACUGCUAUAUCUGCAACAAUUUCCAUUUACUUAGCCAUUGAUCCUCUACCAAGUAUGUUCAUUAUCAAAGCUUAUCGAAAAGCUGUACUGGGUAAGUUAACUAACAAAUUGGACGCGUGUAUAAUUGUUUUUCAGAAUUAUUUGCAAAGCUUCUAUCGCUAAUCUGCACUUGCAUCAAAUUUCAGCCUAGACGGGCUCAAUAAAGUACAACAGCUUGAUAAUCUUUUGACGUUUUUUUUUUAA